ACACACACACACACACACACACGAUGCCGCUCUCGCUCUCAGAGGAAAGCUACCUGGCAUCCUCCCUCUCUCUCCGGCCACCAUGCCGCCCCGACGGCCGAGAUCAGCACCAGUUCCGGCCGCUCGACGCAUCGGCAGGGAUCCUGCCUGCCACGAACGGGUCGGCGCGCAUCAGACUGUGUGAUGGCGGCGAGUGUAUUGUUGGGAUUAAAGCUGAGGUGGUCGAGAGUAGGAAGGAGGAUGUUGCGCUUGUUGAAGUGCAGUGCGAUAUCGCCGGGGUACAAUCCAACAGCCCGCUCCACACCUUCCUCUGCACAACACUCGAGACAGCACUCCGCAACACGCUCCCAGCAUCCCGCCUGUCGAUAAUCCACAGAUACACCUACAAACUCUUCAUCGACGGCAUCAUCCUCGACCACGUCUCCCACCCGCUCACCCUCUUCUCCAUGACCGUCUACCUCGCCCUUCUCGACACCCGUCUCCCGAAACUGAUCCCCUCCGCCGACGUCGCUUCCACCACCACCUCAACCUCCUCCUCAGACCAGCCGAUCGGGCUUCCGCAGUUCGAGUCAGACUGGCAGGAAUCCGUCCCGCUCUGCGACAAGGCCUGGUCGCCGCCGCUCGUGCAGCUCGCGGUGCUCGCGGGCAAAAACGUGUUUGUCGAUCCGACGGGCGAAGAGGCGGGCGUGGGCGACGGCGCGAUCGUGGUCUCGUGGCAUCAGGGGAAGGUGGUUGGGUUAAGGACUGUGAAUACAAGAGAUUCGUCAAAGCAGGUGUUUAGUGCGUCGAGGGACGUUACUGAGGCGUUGACGAGGGUUGUUAGCUGAUACUUUUAAUUUACUCUUGAAGAACCUACAUGUUAGCUAAUGUAUAUACAAACCAUUACUAUUCCUCUCAAAAUAUAUACAAGUGUAGUUGUGGAAUGCAGUCGGAGUCCUGACGAGGCGUCGAGGGACGUUACUGA